AAUGGUGGGGGACACCACAUGGUGGGGAGAGAGACCUACAAGGGAGACCGGCACACGGCAGAGAGCUCAUUCGGCUCAUAGCAGCAGUUUGAGCAGGUCGCGAUGGAGAGCUGCUACGAGUGUCAGGUGCGAGCGAUCUCAAUGUAUAAUUUGCAGAAUGAAGGGAAUGAACUCCCGCUUCCCGCAACUCCUCCAGGGCCGUCCCAGUCACCGUGGUACCAGGUGGUGAAUCCGCUACCACCUUCGGUGGACGUCAGGUCGCCGACAUCGGAGCUGUCACCGCUGCACGCCAUGUAUCCUAUGUGGCGGCCAUAUUCACCACCCUGGGCGUUGGUGGAACGACCGCCGACACCACCUCAACUCAGGAUGGAACCGGAGUCUCCCCCACCCUUCAUUCAGUUGGGGACUCCACCCAGGUCGCCUACACCGGUGGAAUGGCUGCCUACAACUCCGCCAGGAAGUCCACCACGGUGUAGGUCACCGAUACCCAGGGUGGAGUCCCCCGAGCCCAGGGUAGAGGAGAGAGAGCCGGCGGGACCUCCACCAGAGGCGCAGCCACCGCCCGCUCACGGUCGGCGUCGCUGCCAUCGACGGCGGCGCGUAACUUUAAAUUUAACUCUGAAUUUUAUUUUUAAUAAUCAAUAAAUUUUUUAUUUUUUUUGUAAAUUAGUAUAUUUAUUUUGCGUAUCCUGUAUAGAAAUUGUUACGACUGCGUUAGAGUAAGAGUGUUGCGCAUGCGUGAAUAGGUGGGGGAAAAUUUAAGAGUAGGGAUGCGUGAUAGGUUGGAGUGAGGGUAAAUGGUCUAGUGCGCAUGCGUGAAAGGUAGGAGUGGGGAUUUCGGGGUAUAUAUUCAGGGAUUUUGGCGAGUUUAGUCAGUAGCUGUUCUGUUCACAGAUUCAGCGGUUCCAACAGCAGCAGCAUCAGCAGAUUCCCCUUGCCAUUACUAAUUGUCUUUUUUGUUAUAUUUACUGUCUUUUUUGUUACAUUUACUGUGUUUAUUGCAUUUACUUUGUAUUGGUUUGUAGGUUAAGUUCUUUACUUUGUAAGUUCGUUUUGUUUAGUAUAAGUAUUUUAGUUUGUAAGUUCAUUCUUUUGUUAGUUUGUAAGUGUGUUCUUUUUAGUUUGUAAGUGUGUUCUUUUGUUAGCUUGUAAGUGUGUUCUUUAUUCUUUUUUGUUAGCUUGUAAGUGUUUAAUUUCAGGUGCAGAGAUGAAGCGUAAGGCGAAGACCACCGAUGGACCACCACGUAAGUAUCCGAAUUACGGUACUAUUCUCGACGAGAGUGACGUAACUAUUACUCUCAUCAAGGAGGCUCUAGAGUUGAUUCCUCUUUUAGACGACGUCAAUUUAAGACGUUCAUUCGUUGGGAGAUGGAUUGUAGAAUGCUCACAACAUGAAAACGUGUUAUCGAGCAUUCUCAAGUCGAUGUACUUUACACAUCAAAAGAAAAGAUGUGUGAGCAUUCUACAAUCCAUAAUUAGACUUCGCGCAUUAUUUGAGUCCCACGUAGUAGAUGGCGCUGGAAUCGGUGACCCAGACAUUAAUAAACGUGUUCGCUGGGAAGAAUGUGAGAGUGCGUUUGCGUGUAGACUGUACACUAAUGUGAUUCUGAAUCUAGUGCACAUUGAUAUAAGCGCGUUUUUAGACGAUGCGUCUAGACUUUUUCAGGACCGCAUUAGAGAUGCUAUAAACAAAUAUGGUCCUAUUUUGGUGUAUGGUGUUCUCAUUGCCAACUUUAAAAGGGUUGAGAAUGAGGAAGAAGUAGCUAAGCCAAUUCCGUUUGGAACUAAGGCUAACAGCAUCUUCCCCACAACCCUUUUAGAUGAUUGGUUUGAUGAGAACAUCAAGCAGCCAAUCUUGCGCAGUGUAGAAGAGUUUCACGCAAAGGGAUCAAAUUGGAAUCUUCAGUCUAUUAUAAGACUUGAAGUGAAUGUAAACAAAUACAAUCCAAUGCGUGCGAGCUCAUACAUUGAUCUACCUUCACAAAUUAAAAGAAAGAAAGCCUGUAUUAACGUGCAAAACAAAGAUAACGAGUGCUUUAAGUGGGCGGUACUGUCAGCCUUACAUCCAAAUGUCGUGAGAAGUGAUCGUGUUUCUAACUAUAAAGAAUUUGAAAAUGAGUUAAAUUUUGACGGAAUAGAUUUCCCAGUAACGUUAAAAAAUGUCCCGAAAUUUGAAAAAUUAAAUGAUAUUUCAAUUAAUGUCUAUGGUUUAUCAAAAUACUAUGGGGACUUCUCAACACAUCCUCUCCAUCUCACUGCGGAAAAAAGAGAUAAGCAUGUAAAUCUCUUGUAUGUUGCCGACAUGUAUGCGGAUGAAAGUGUUGACAGUAAUGCAUUGUAUGACGAUGAUGGUUUUAUGAAUUUCCAUUAUGUAUGGAUAAAAAAUUUGUCACAUCUUGUUUCGAAACAAUUGUCUGCUAAAAAUGGUAAAAAACAUAUCUGUGACCGAUGCUUACACUACUUUUCAUCUGUAGAUAGAUUGAAUGCACACAUUGAAAAUUGUAAAAAAGUGAAUGAGUGUAAAGUAACGUUACCAAAACCUGACAAGAGUCUGAUUACAUUUAAAAAUUAUAAAAAUAAAGAAAAGGUGCCAUAUGUAAUUUACGCUGACUGUGAAAGUCUACUUCUUCCCGCCGAUGAAGAUGUAGACAAUUUAAGUAAGACUGAGGUAUUCCAGCGUCACAAAUUGUUAAGCAUAGGCUAUUAUAUAAAAUGCAGCUACGAUGAAUCAUUAUGUAAAUAUGUACCAUGUCCGAAAAAUGAAUCCGACCCUGCCAAAUGGUUUACUGAGGAAUUAAGGCAAUUAUCUGAAAAAAUUGAUAAUGUAUUCAAAAAUCCGAUACCAAUGAAUGCCUUAACUCCUCAAGAAAUCAGUGACUUCAAGCGAGCGACAAUAUGUCACAUUUGUAAUGAGAAAAUACCGGCAAGCGAAAAGAAAGUCCGUGAUCACUGUCACCUUACUGGCAAAUAUAGGGGUGCUGCCCAUGAAUCGUGCAAUCUAAACUAUCAAGAUUGUCAAACGAUCCCCGUAGUAUUUCACAACCUAAGUGGCUAUGACGCCCAUUUUAUAAUUCACGCGAUUUCGACGAGCUUUGAAGGAAAAAUUGACCUCCUCCCCAUUAACAAAGAGAAGUAUAUCUCUUUUACUAAACAUGUCAAGGGGAGUGAGGUCAAAUUUCGAUUCAUUGACUCAUUGCGAUUUAUGGCAGCAUCUCUAGAGAAACUCGCAUCGUACCUAGACGAGUACAAAAUCGUCAACUCCGUUUUUGCCAGUACGGUGACAGAUCCGGAAAAAAUUAAAUUAUUGACGCGCAAGGGUGUAUUCCCUUAUGAGUACUUUGACUCGAAAAGUAAGUUAGAUGAGACAGAAUUGCCCCCGAUCGAGAAAUUUUAUAGUACGCUUUAUGAUGCCGGUAUUUCUGAUGACGAGUAUGCGCAUGCGCAGAAAGUAUGGACCGAGUUUGACUGUCAGAAUCUCUACGACUAUGUACAUUUGUAUAUGAAAACAGAUGUAUUGUUACUUGCGGAUGUCUUUGAAAAUUUUCGAAAAGAAUGUGUUAAAGCGUACGGGUUAGAUCCUGCUCACUAUUAUACGACCCCCGGUUUAACUUGGGAUGCUAUGCUCAAGUACACGAGCAUAGGAUUGCAACUAAUAACCGAUAUCGAUAUGAUUAUGUUUGUUGAGUCUGGUAUUAGAGGUGGCAUAAGUCAAUGCUGCAACCGAUAUACUAUAGCGAAUAAUAGAUAUAUGGAAAAUUUCGAUGAUAGCAAAGAUACAAGCUACAUCAUGUACUUUGACGCCAACAAUUUAUAUGGCUGGGCAAUGGCUCAAGCGCUCCCUUAUGGCGGCUUCAAAUGGGUUGAUAAUGUCGACAACUCCUUCGAUUUUAAUGUGCCUGACGAUUCACCUGUUGGGUACAUACUCGAAGUUGACUUGGAGUAUCCUGAAAAUCUCCACGAUACUCACAAAGAUAUGCCAUUUUGCGCAGAAAAUGCGAAACCACCCCUCUCGAAACAGGAGAAAUUAUUAACAACUCUCCAACCAAAAGAAAAAUAUGUGAUCCACUACCGCACUUUAAAACAAGUUGUCGCCAACGGCAUUAAGCUUGUUAAAAUUCAUCGAGUCUUACAGUUUAAGCAAUCAACAUGGCUUAAACCAUAUAUAGACUAUAAUACGAUGAUGCGAACCAACGCCAAGAAUGAGUUCGAGAAAAAUUUGUUCAAGCUCAUGAACAAUGCGGUAUACGGUAAAACAAUGGAAAAUGUCCGUAAACAUGUCGACAUUAAGCUUGUCACCCAAUGGUUUGGCCGCUAUGGAGCUGAAGCCCUUAUUUCUCGCCCCAAUUUCCAUAGUCGAGCAAUAUUCGACGAAAAUCUGGUUGCCAUUGAACUGCGUAAAACCGAGGUACUACUCAACAAACCAAUCUAUGUGGGGUUAAGUGUGCUCGAUGUUUCCAAAACGCUAAUCUACGAUUUUCACUACGGGUAUAUGUUAAAAAAAUACGGCGACAAUUGUAAACUGAUGUAUACCGAUACAGACAGUCUAAUCUAUGAAAUUAAAUGUAAAGAUGUCUACAAUGAUAUGAAAAAUGACAUCCAAAAGUUCGAUACGUCAGACUAUCCCGCAAACAACGUGUACGGCAUUCCGCAAGCCAACAAAAAGAUUCUCGGUCUAAUGAAAGACGAAUGUAACGGCAAGAUCGUUACCGAAUUUGUUGGCUUGCGGAGUAAGAUGUACAGCGUACGGGUUGAAGGUAAAGAUUUUAUUAAAAAAGCUAAAGGCAUUAAAUCCGGCGUUGUGAAAAAAUCGAUUCACUUUGAUGAUUAUGUAAAAUGUCUGCGAGAUUUUGACAUUCAAACUCGAACACAGUAUAAUAUAAGAUCGCGACUACAUAACCUCGAGACUGUAAAACAAAUUAAAGUAGCUUUAAGUCCGCAAGACGACAAACGGUAUUUGUUACCGGGGAGUACCGACACUCUACCGUGGGGACAUUAUGCGAUCCCUAAAAUCGACGAAUGAUUUUGUAAAACAUGAUUGUAAAAAAAUAAAAGGUUUGUUAAUAAAUAAUGCAAUUAUAUAUACAAUUUCCAUGUGUUUUUA